AUGCCACCACCAACAACCCCCCAUGCCAUCUCCCCCUCCCUCCCCCUCACCCUAAUCGUCGCGACGACCCCAAUCCGCGUCGCGUCUUCAACACCCGACCAUGAUCCCACAACGCGCCUCGGCAUCGGCCUCAAGGGAACCCUCCCGUGGCCCCGUAUCAAAGCGGACAUGAGCUUCUUCGCGCGCGUCACGUCUCGCGCCCCAAGACCAGGCACCACGAACGCGAUCAUCAUGGGCCGCAAAACAUACGACUCGGUGCCCAAGAGUCUGCGCCCGCUCGCGAAGCGCAUCAGCGUGGUAAUUACGCGCGAUACGACCGGCUCCGUCCGUGAGGGCGUUCUGCAAGAGUUGGAGGCGCGCAAGGCGAAGAUGGCUGCUAAGGCGGCGGAGGUAGCGGCGGCGGCCGCCGCUGGUGGUUCUGCUACUGCUACUGCUACUGCUACUUCUGUCCCGCCGGCCGAAGGUGAGCCCAUUACAGAUGCGAUUGUGACGCCGAGCUUGGACGCUGCUCUUUCCGAGCUGGAAUCUGUUUAUGGGGCUGAGGGGCGGUUGGGCAAGAUUUUUGUGAUUGGAGGUGCGGAGAUUUAUGGGGCUGCGUUGCGUAUGCAGUUUGGGGCUUUGCGGAGGCCUGUUAGGGUUGUUAUGACUAAUGUUGUGAGGAAGCCGGAUGGGAAGGAUGAGGUGCCGUUUGAGUGUGAUACUUUCUGGCCGUUGGAUAGUAUGGAUCAGCGGAAUGGGUGGAGGAGUGCUAGUCCUGAGGAGUUGACGGAGUGGGUUGGGGAGGAAGUUACUGGGGAAUGGAAGCGGGAGGGAGAGGUUGAGGUUCAGAUGGUUGGGUUUGAAAAGUUGGACUGA